GCCGGGCGAUGCGGGCGGCGGCGAUCCGCCUGGCGCUGGCCGGGGCGCUGUGGCUGGCGCUGGCGGCGGGCCUGGCCGUGCCCCGGGAGAGCCGGCCGGAGCCGGGGGCCCCGCCGCUGGAGGAGCUGCUGCUGGCGGCCGGCGCGCGCUUCGGGUGGCGGAAUCUCAGCUGCCCCGCCUGCAGGCUGCUCUUCACCGCCGUCGACGCCGGCAUGCAGAUGGAGACCAGCCUGGAGCACAUCCAGCAGCUGGCUACCGGGAUCUGUGUGAAGCUGCACCUGGCCCCCCCCAACGUGUGUCAGGAGCUCAUUCGUCUCUUUGGGCAAGACAUGGUGUCCAUCUGGAUCCAUUCCUUCCUGCGCCCGGCUGAGAUCUGCGGCCUCCUGCUGGGGGCCCACUGCGGCCACUGGGACAUCUUGUCCAGCUGGAACGUCACAUUGCCCAAGACCCCCAAGCCCCCCCUGCACCCUCCGGCCCCCCCUCCGCCUGGCGCCCCCACCGCCCACGUGCUCUUCCUGACAGACCUGCACUGGGAUCAGCACUAUGCCCCAGGGAGCAACCCCGCCUGCAAGGACCCACUCUGCUGCCGGGGGGGGCGGCCACAGGGGCCCGGGGCCGGCUACUGGGGCUCCUACAGCAAAUGCGACCUGCCCCUCCACACUUUGGAGAACAUGCUGCGGCACCUCGCCUCCACGGGGCCCUACGAUGCCGCUUACUGGACGGGCGACAUCCCGGCUCACAACAUCUGGCAGCAGACCCGCCAGGACCAGCUUCACGCACUCACCACCAUCACCAGCCUCAUCCAGAAGCACCUGGGGCCACUGCCCGUCUACCCUGCUGUCGGCAACCACGAGUCGGUGCCCGUGAACGCCUUCCCCCCGCCCUAUGUGCUUGGGAAUCAGUCCUCCGCCUGGCUGUAUGAUGCCAUGGCCGACGCCUGGCAGCAGUGGCUGCCCCCGCAGGCCCUGCAGAUGCUGAGGCUGGGCGGCUUCUACUCCCUCCCCAUCUGGCCAGGCCUCCGACUGGUGUCCCUCAACAUGAAUUUCUGCUCCGAGGGCAAUUUCUGGCUCUUGAUCAACUCUACAGACCCAGCCGGGCAGCUGCAGUGGCUGGUGGGCAUCCUGCAGAGGGCGGAGGAAAGUGGGGAAAAGGUCCACAUCAUUGGCCACAUCCCUCCCUCCCACUGCCUGCGAAGCUGGGGGUGGAACUACUAUCGCAUCAUAAACAGGUUUGAGGGCACGGUGGCCGGGCAGUUCUUUGGCCACACUCACUUGGAUGAAUUCGAGAUGUUCUACGAUGAGGAGACACUCUCGCGACCCGUGGGCAUCGCCUUCCUGGCUCCAAGCGUCACCACUUACAUCGGGCUCAACCCAGGGUACCGGAUCUAUCACGUGGAUGGGAUCCGCCCCAGCAGCUCUUACAUGGUCCUGGAUCAUGAGACAUUCAUCUUGAACCUGACGGAGGCAAAUGUUCCCAGUGCUGUGGCUCAGUGGCAGCACCUCUACAGCGCCCGGGAGACUUACGGGCUUCCCAUGGGCUUCCCGGCGGAUUGGGACCUGCUCCUGUACCGUUUGCAGACAGACGAGCAGCUCUUCCGGCGCUUCUGGUACCUGAGGUUCAAGGGCCAUCCACCUGCCCAGCCAUGCAGUGAUGGCUGCAAGGCAGCCAUGCUUUGCGCCCUCCGGACUGGCCGUGCGGACGAUCCCAAGCUCUGCCAGUCUUUUAAACUGUCCUUUCUGGAAAUCCAGGCCUGGUGGCGGCAGCACCGGCUUUGCUAGGCUUCUGGGCCAAGAAGACUCCUUGGAAUGCCAAGGGGCGGAGGGACCCUGCCCUCCAGCAGAGGACAGCUUUGUGGACGUGGACGCAACGCAGCCCUACCGAAGGCCCCCUUCUCUCAAGCGCGCCACUAGGCUGGAGUGCCAGCCAAGCUCCCCAGACUGCCCUUCAAAUCGCCCCCGCAGAGGUGCGGAACGUGCUUGCAUGGUGGCCCCAAGACUCUUCAGAGGAGGUGGGGUGCAGCGGCCACAUUUUAUUUCUGCCCAUACAGCUCCCCUCAGCUGCUUGGCAGCUUCUACUUUUCCACACACAUCCCUUUUUUGUGGGCAUGUUUGCCUGCCAGCUGUCAGAUAUGCCCGCCCCGCUCCCCCCAUCUUUGGAGCACUCUCCAGAAGAGAAGGGCAGAGGCCUGAAUGGCGUUUGUGGCCAGUGGCAUUGGGGACCCGCUGUAGGACUCCUCUGCAGCGGUGGGCUCUGCGCCAGGGCAAAACCAGGGUGGGCUC